CGGUGUGAAGUUGGUGUGUACAUACAGAUGAGGAUUCUCGUACGAAAGGCGAGCCAGAUUGGGGUAACACAGGUAGAGCCAGCCGGGUAGAGUAUAGGAGGAAAGGAGGAGGAAGGAAGAGGGGUAGGAGGAGGAAGGAAGAGGGGUAGGAGGAGGAAGGAAGAGGGGUAAGGAGGAGGAAGGAAGAGGGGUAGGAGGAGGAAAUACUAGUGGUGGUAGUAGUGGGAGUAGUUAAUGUAGUGGUAGUGGAAGGAGGAGGAGGACGUAGGGAGGAGGGAGGAGGGGAGGAGGAGGAGGAGGAGGAGGAGACGGAAGGAAGACGAAGGAGGUGGAGGAAGGGAGGAGGGAGGAGGAGGGAGAGGAAAUGUAGGAGGGGAAGGAAGAAGGACGGGGAGGAGGAAAAAAGGAGGAAGUGGAGAUGAACGAGGAAAAGGAGUUGUAGGAGGGGAAGGAAGGAGGAGGAGAAGGUAGUAGGAGAAGACGAGGAGGAGGAAGGAGGAAGAGGAGGAGGAGGGAGGAAAGGUAGAUGUAGGAGGUGAAGGAAGAAGGAGAGGAGGGAGGAGAAGGGGAGGAAGGAGAGGAAGUAGGGUAAGAAGAAGAGUAGGAGGAGGAGGAGGAGAGGAAGAACAAGCAGGAUACAAAGAAGGAAGGAGGAAGAGAGAAGAAGGGUCCGGCCCAAGGGGGGACUGAGAGGAAGGAGGCGAACUUUCGACGAAGUUUUUUCCAGUAAUUUGAAAAGCCCUGUUGUUUCUCUCACAGCUGUUGGCACUCCCAUUAUUUUCGAUUUCUCCUUUUAAAAAAAAUAAAAAAAAAUAAAAAAUUGUUUCGAUUACCAUGCCGAAGAGUGGAAGGGACAUGCAAUCUGGUGGUGUUGAGCGGAUGACACUGCGUGAGUUGAGUCGGCGCUCAUGGGCAGAGGAUGACUUGCCAGCGAGUGCAGCUGAGGCCAAAGCCGCAGGUGCUUUUCGAGCGAUUCAAGCCCGGCAAUCUGUCCCCGUGUCGCCAAGGCACAGCGGCCAUUUGGCAGCGAGCCCGUCUCAAGGGAGCUCCUCCUCCUCCUCAAGCCCAAGGCAUUCACUAGGGGGAGUGGCAACGCUCACACCAGCCUCCUCUCCGAGGACAGGUAGUACUACCCACUCCCCGUCGGGGAUGAUGGGGGGUGCAGUGGCGUCUCCACGGUAUCAAACGUCAAGGUUUUUCCGAAAUUCGAUGUCGGGAAAACAGACGCCGACGUCGCCAAGAGGGGGGACAGCUCAACAGAUGAGGAGCGUGUGGCAUGGAUAUGGAUUGCACCAUCAGAACAGCAGAGCUGGAGUUGUGGUAAGAGUGUUAUGGACGCUAUCUACUCGACGAAUAGGAGUCGCAAUAGCCGUGCUUUUCGCUCUCAUGUCCCUUGUCAUGGUUUUCAACGGCCAAGAAUCGUUUAACCUCAGGAGGUCAUCUUCGGGAGAGGUGGAUGCAAUACAACUGCUCAGAGAGCAAGCAGGUGGGCAAGGUCAGGAACUACCAGAUGAUGUUUUUCGAAACGUCAGCGCCAAGGAAAGAAAAAGACAAACCUUAGAAAACUACGGAAUACGUUUUGUCAAGUUGACGAAGAACGUGGCAGUUACGGGAAGAGAGGGUGGUCAACGUGGAGACUUGGCCGUGGAUGACAACGAAAUUGCAAUGCCAUUGACGUACGUAGGUGGCGGUGCGAAAAGGCAGCCUGCAAUGAAUACUGCUCAGACAAAUCGACAGGACUCAGAGAAUCUCCACAUCAGCAACAAUAACACAGUGCCACCUAUAAUGCAGUUGUCCAGCGUUCAUCGCAAGCAGGCGCGUGCUCGGCCGGUUUUGAAGGGUGGGCACCCUUGCAAAGAUUUUCGCAUGCAGCAGCCACAAUUGGACAAAAAAAGGACAGGACCUCGACGUGCGCAUGAGCGUUUGCAGCUAUGAGUGCACUGGGGAAACCACCGAUGCAGCAGUUGAGGAGCGAACCUCAGGAUUUGCUGAGGGAAACCUAUGAGGCUGGUGUUGAUGCCUGAUCACCACCUGUUGCUACCGCAGGCUGUCCAGUCCUGGUGGGAAGCAGUCCUACGGUGGUUCUCCACCCGGGGUGAGUUCGUCCUCAACUGCAGCUCCUCAUAAUUUACUAAGAACAACUAUAUAGAGUAUCACUCAGAUCAUCAGUCUUUGUUCAUUCAACUACAAUACGUACUUACAGAUAGCCUGAGAUAG